CUUGUGCACACGCAGGCUGGCGAGGCAGACAAUUUAUUUUUGGACUUUCAUUCUGAACUACAUGGUAGCGUGAUGAACAAGGAGUAGGAUGUGUCUAUAGAGCUGAAUAUUACAACACUAUCAUUAAAAUAUCUUCCAGAUGUCCUCCCUGAGUAGAAAAUUGGAAGUUGUUUUUAAUGAAGUUGACACCAGUUCUGAUCAUGUGAUAGAUUGGAAUGAAUUAAAAACAUGUUGUGAAAAAAUUCACAUUGAACUUGAUAUAUCAGACCAAAAUGCAUUUAAUUCGUGCAUAGACAAAAAAUUGGGUGGGUUAACAUUUGCAGGCUUUAGUGAAUUUGUGAAACUUCGAUUAGACAAAAUUUUCCAUGAAAUUGAUCUGGACAACAGUCAUUUCAUAGAUCACUUGGAAAUUACAAGUGCAUUGCAUAAACUUGGAAUUAGUUUGACAACUCGGCAAGUUGAUGGUAUCUUAAAAGGAAUGGAUUUAAAUGAUGAUGGUAAAAUUGAUUUCGAUGAAUUUUGCAUAUUUUUCUCAGACAUACCAAGUCCAAGUUUUCAGUCAAUUGCUAAAAAAUGGAGUGUGGGAGCUGGUUUAGAUUUUGGUUCUGAUAUUGUUCCAACCACAAUACCACCUGCAGAAAUGCCCUUGAUACAAUUUAUGUCAGCUGGUGGAAUGGCUGGUGUUGCUUCUAGGACUUUAACUGCUCCACUAGAAAAAAUAAAAAUUCUUGCACAGACAUCUUCAGGAAAGACAAGCAUUGCAAGGAUGUUUCAAAAAAUAUAUCACGGGGAAGGUUUUCGUGGCUUAUUUAGUGGUAACCUAACCAAUUGUGUUAGAAUUUUCCCAACUUCAGCAUUAGUUUGUUUGGUUUAUUCCAGGAUGAUAAAGUACACUCCUGUUGAUAACUCCAAAAAUCCCAAUCAACCCUUGUGGCGGUUUUUAUCAGGUGCUAUGGCUGGAGUUAUUGCUACAACUGUCACACACCCUCUUGAUGUUGUCAGAGCCAGAUUAACAAUUCAGGACUUAUCAAUAAAAAAUGUUUCAAAUUAUACUGGAAUAGCCAGUGCCUUGAAGAGAAUUCAUGUAGAAGAAGGAGUAAGAGGUCUUUAUAAAGGAUUAAUACCAUCGCUAGUCUCUAUUGCUCCAUUUCUUGGCGUUCAACAAAGUGCAUAUGAUGUCAUGAAAUUGCAUGCAUUAGAAAGUCAAUUUGGUGCAAAUCCUUCUACUUUCUUGGUGUGUGGUGGUCUGGCUGGAAUGCUUGCUCAAACUGUUGUUCACCCUUUAGAUGUUGUGCGAAGGCAAAUGCAAGUUGAGCGAGGCACAGAAAACAUUACCAGAACAUCGAUAUCAGCGUUAAAGUUACUAUGGAGAGAAGGGGGAGUACAGAGAAUUUAUGCUGGGCUAAUUGCUUCCUAUCUAAAAGUUAUGCCAGCUGCUGCCACAAGUUUACUAGUUCGGGAUGCUCUCUUAGGAAGGUUGAAAGAUUAGUGAAGUUACAAUUUUUUGCAGAAAUCAAAUUUUGUGCUAUGUGUUUUGAACGUAUGAAUUGUGGUCUAAAACAUUCUCUAGGCUGUGGUAAUUGUUGUUGUCUUUCUCAUGAAUGUGCGAAACUUAAACAUUUAAGUCAAUAUAAAUAUAAACGCGCUCUGCAUAUACUAUAAUUUUAUUUAUUCACAAUUAUAUAAAAUAAUUUAAUUUUCUACCUUAUUAAGAAUGAUAUACUUUUGUAUUUUGUAGGUUUUUUCCGUACAAUUAAGUAAAAAAACAAUGACGUAAUACUUUUGAAAGAAAAGAAAACCAAACUAAACAAUUCAAUUAUUAUUUGUAGAAUAAUUUGUAUAUACAAUAUAUACCUUUAAAUGCACUUUUUUGUACCAAUCUGAUAAAAUAUUUUAAAUAUUUCGUAUAUAUUUGAUUAUGUACUUAUUGUAAUUUAUUUUUCAUCACAUUUAGGGCGUAAUAUUUUUCCAGGGUUCUAUUAAUAUUUUAAUUGAAUAUAUUUUGAUCUGCAUAAAUAGUGAGGGAUGAAAAAAUAUUUUUAGUAAGACUUCUUGUUAUGGUCUUUAUGCGAAGAAUAAUCUGUAGACAGCAGCUUUUAUUUGUAUUCCAGUUUUUAAAUUAUAUUUUCUAUAUGACUUUGGGUUCA